AUACAUAUGUACUAUAAUAUAUAACAUAUAAUACUAACAUAUAAUAAUAAUUGUAUUUUAACCUGGAAAUUUCACGUACCUACCUAGCUUAUCGUUUAAAUUAUCGACAAGAUUAGUGUGGGAUUAUUAUUUAUUAGAUUUUGUUAUAUCGUACCUAUAGUAGUAUUAGUAUACUACAUUACUAUCUUUAUUUAGUGUCCGGUUUUCAAACUCCGACAAAUUACAGUUAUCGUUACGUAUAAAUCUAUCAUAUGUCUUCAUCGUCGUCAAGCGUCAACGUCUUUCGGUUUCCGUGUUAACGACUUAACGUAGUGAAGUGCAGUUUAUAAAUUUAUUAAAAAUUAAUUAUAAAUGGAAGUAACGAGAUCGAACAAAGGUGGUUUAAAAGCCAUAUUUGAAGGGCACAUGUAUACUGUAAAAUAUAUAGGUAUCAAAAACAUGUCAUGGCGCUGCGUGAAAUCAAAUUUAUUGAAAUGUCCAGGAAUAUUAAAAUCUGAAUUGGACUAUUCUGAACCACACGUCAUCACACGUCAUCUGAUCACAUGUGCCAAAAACACAGGGAAAAUUAAUGUCACAAAAUGUGUGAAUGAAAUGCUCCAACUUGCAAAACAACACGAAAAAAAGCCAGGACAAAUUUUUUCAGAAGUGGUAGCAAAAGUGGACCGUGACACAAAAGCUCUGAUGCCAGCCGAAGAAACCGUAAAAAGACGAUUAAGGAGACAAAAAUCGAAAAACAAUCCAAUUAAUCCUAACCAUCUUAAUCAAUUAGUUAUUGAGAAUGAUUGGUGUUAUUUGGAUGACAAAUUAACACGAUUUUUGUUGCACGAUAACGGAAUUGACGAAACUGAACGGAUAAUUGUUUUUGCAACAGAUAAUUGUUUAAAAUAUUUAACUGAAGCUUCUAUCUGGUAUAUGGACGGAAAUUUUUCAAUGGCUCCACUAAUAUUCCAACAACUCUACGUCAUUCGUGUUAAAGUACAUAGUGUUUUAAUAACAGCCGCUUUUAUUUUACUUAAAAAUAAAACAGAAACGAGUUACGAAGAAAUGCUUAAAAUCAUAAUACAUAAAUGUGCUGAAAGAAAUUUGUUUCCGGAUCCACAAAUAAUUAAUGUGGACUUUGAAAAAGCAGUAAUCAAUGCUAUAAAAACUGUUAUUGGAGAAGAUGUACAAAUCCAAGGAUGCUUUUUCCAUCUCUGUCAAAGUACACACAGAAAAAUACAACAGUUAGGUCUUGAACAAUUGUAA